AUGUGCAUAAAAGAUCUCACACAGGGGAGAAGAGGUAUUCCUGUCCUGAGUGCGGGAAAUGUUUUGCACAAAAAUCAGAUCUUGUCAAACAUGAAAGGUUUCACAUAG